AUGGAGAUAGCGGUUGGAAUCGAGGUGGGGCCAUCGCGAGCCGCAGCAAUCAACGUCCCUCACUCAGUCCUAACCGCUACACCUCACCGCGCCCAAGCGCAACCGGUUACGCAACUGCACUGCAGUUCGUGUCAUUUUGACUCUACAAUGGACACUGUACGACGUCAGACUACACCGAACGUAGACAUCGCAUGUGUUAGUCCUUACACAUUACCUACUGCAAUCACAAGCAAAUCAUAUCAUAUGCAAAUCCCAUCAUGGAACGACAAACCGUUAGCCUACGAAGGCAGAUCCGCCUCUGCAGGACAACAACACGGUGGCACUGGUCCCGCGAGCGUCCGCCGUGGUGACGAGUCAUCCCGCAGCGCGGCUGCGUUGCGGUCCCUGCCCAUUGCUUGCGGCUGCCAUGCGUGGUGUGGACGUUGUCGAUUCUUUUAG